AUGUCAUCCCCCAACUCCAACCCUCGCAUCGUCACCACGACGCACGACGCAACAGGAACCGCCAUUUUUGGUUCCGACGGUGAAGUCCCAUUGUUCCAUCCCAUGGGACCGACGGGCUCAUCGUUUGCCGUGUUCGACGUGCGCAACUCGGUGCCCAUCAACAACUCGGAGCCUGCACAAGGCUACCCAAACAUGAUCCCACGCUGUCCGCCAAACGGCGCCAUAUUCUGCAUCAGCAACAUCGCGCCUCACUUCACCGUGCCGAUGCACCGGACGCUGAGCCUAGACUACGGCGUCGUGGUUAGCGGCGAGAUCGUCAUGAAGCUCGAUAGCGGGGAGGAGAGAACUGUCAAGGCGGGAGAGUUCCUUAUCCAAGGGGGUGUAAACCACCAGUGGAUUAAUAGGACGGAUGAGACAUGCCGGAUUUGCUUUGUGACACUAAGUGCGGACAAGGUCAAGUUGGCGGAUGGGACAGAGCUUGAUGAGAUUGCCGUCAAGAGAUGA